UCAUCCUCAAAUCGCCACGUGUCCCCGGCAAACUCCGUGAUUGGCCAUUCCCAAUUUCUAAUUUCUCCUGCGUCCGGCCAGGCCAGUCCAGUCCAGUCUUCGGUUUUGCUCAUUUUCCUCCCAGCAAGUAAAAAGCCUUUUCCUUCUGGUUGCGGAGGAGGAGGAGCUGUUCCGGGAGAUCAGUACAUGCCUUUGAUGGCUUCUUCCUCUUUGCUCUUCAACUCCAUAAUCCAUCCUUCCUCUCCACCUCUCUCACGGACCCACCUCCCGAUUCACCCCACCAAAGAGCACCCGUCGGACCUCUCUCCUCACAGCUCAAGAACAAGAGCCAGCUUCAGGAACAGGGGCAGGAAGCAGCUGCAGCCCGUUGCCGCCGCAGCUACAGCUGCUCCCGCGGCGGAUGUGACAAACGGGGAAAUCCCCACGAGGAAGCUGCGGGUCCUCGUGGCGGGGGGCGGGAUUGGGGGUCUGGUCUUCGCCCUGGCGGCGAAGAGGAAGGGGUUCGAGGUGGCGGUGUUCGAGAAAGACAUAAGCGCCAUUAGAGGGGAAGGUCAGUACAGGGGACCCAUUCAGAUUCAGAGCAACGCCCUGGCCGCUCUCGAGGCUAUCGACAUGGACGUCGCCGAGGAGGUCAUGAGGGCGGGCUGUAUCACCGGUGACAGGAUCAAUGGUCUCGUCGAUGGCGUCUCCGGUACUUGGUACGUCAAAUUUGAUACGUUCACUCCUGCGGCAGAGAGGGGGCUUCCCGUCACUCGAGUCAUUAGCCGAAUGACUCUGCAGCGGAUCCUUGCUCAGCACGUCGGGGAUGAUGUCAUCUUAAAUGAUAGUAAUGUGGUUGAUUUUGAGGAUGAUGGCAGUAAGGUUACCGUGACUCUUGAAAAUGGACAGCAGUUUGAGGGUGAUAUUCUAGUUGGUGCUGAUGGCAUAUGGUCGAAGGUGCGGACGAAGUUAUUUGGACCAAAGGAUGCCGUGUACUCAGGCUACACUUGUUACACGGGCAUCGCAGAUUUCAUACCUGCUGAUAUUGAAACUGUUGGAUACCGAGUAUUUCUUGGCCACAAACAAUACUUCGUGUCUUCUGAUGUUGGUGGAGGGAAGAUGCAGUGGUAUGCCUUCCACAAGGAACCACCUGGUGGCGUUGACAACCCUCGUCGGAAAAAGGAGAGGCUUCUGAAGAUUUUUGAUGGUUGGUGUGACAAUGUGAUUGAUCUGAUACUUGCAACAGAUGAAGAAGCAAUUCUUCGACGAGAUAUUUAUGAUCGGACACCUGUGGUUACAUGGGGGAGGGGUCGUGUGACUCUUCUUGGGGAUUCUAUUCACGCCAUGCAGCCGAAUAUGGGGCAAGGUGGAUGUAUGGCCAUCGAGGAUGGUUACCAACUUGCAAUAGAGCUCGAGAAAGCAUGGAAACAUAGCAUUGAGUCGGGAAAACCCCUUGAUGUCAUUUCAUCUCUGAAGAGCUAUGAGAGAGAAAGGCGGCUCAGAGUGGCCGUCAUUCAUGGGAUGGCGAGAAUGGCCGCUAUUAUGGCAUCAACUUACAAAGCCUAUCUAGGUGUUGGACUUGGGCCACUUUCGUUCCUGACAAAGUUUCGGAUCCCACAUCCUGGAAGAGUUGGAGGGAGAUUCUUUAUUGAUGUAGCCAUGCCACUUAUGCUAAAUUGGGUAUUAGGUGGCAAUAGCUUGAAGCUCGAGGGGAGGCCGCUCUGUUGUAGGCUCUCAGACAAAGCAAGUGACCAGCUGUCAAAAUGGUUCAAGGAUAAUGAUGCCCUUGAGCGCGCUAUUAAUGGAGAAUGGAUUCUCUUACCUUCCGGAAACGAGACUAGUUUGCAGCAGCCUAUUAAAUUAAGUCGGGAUGAAGGCAAAGAUUACAUCAUUGGGAGCGAUGUUAACAAUGAUCUAGGGGGAGUUCCAGUAACGAUAUCUCUACCUCAGGUUUCAAACUUGCAUGCCCGUAUAAGCUACAAGGAAGGCGCGUACUUCCUGACCGAUCUCCAGAGCAAACAUGGAACCUGGAUCACCGAUAAUGAAGGGAAGCGGUACCGGGUGUCCCCAAACUUCCCAACCCGAUUCCGUCCAUCAGAUGUUAUUGAGUUUGGAUCUGACAAGAGGGCAAUGUUUCGAGUUAAGGUGAUAAGAUCUCCGGUAAGUACUGCAGAAACCGAAACAAGAGGAGGGAUUCUCCAGACAGCAUAGCAUGAAUACAUAUGAUGAAGUUCGGGAAGGACCUCAUGACUUGAUCGAUGAUUUGUACAGUGAAUUGAUUCAUUGCAGCAGCAAGCCAUUAUCAUACAAUCAAAUUUAUGUAAGUCUUCACAGAGGAAAUCUAAUUCUUCAGGUUGUAUAUUGGCAAGUGUAAAUCACUUUUCUUAAUUGUCUGGACUUCGGCUAUCUUGACAAAUGAAAAUUUCCACGACGGUUGUGAGUGCAUAAUGAAGAAGUGUGCUUUUAUAGCUCACGCAUA